ACUCUUUAUCGUGGUGGGUCAAACGAAACGCUCGUUUGCCGGAUCGUAAGCCCCUCGAAAUUAGCUCCCAUGUCCGUAAUAAGUUCAUAUAAAUAGUCAUUUCCAGGAAAACAGAUAUCUAAAAUGGAGGUUCAAUCUUUGAAUAAGUUUUUACUAAUACUUUUCAUGUGCCGUAGCACCGAAACUCAACGUUCUUCGCCAUGUCAUCGUAAAUGUUCAUACGUUGAGGCUUCUCAACAGGCGAACUGUGAAUACAGAUCAUUGGAUACUAUACCAAUCGAAUGCAAUGCUGCUUCGUAUCUAUCGCUUCGUUACAACCACAUCACAAGAAUACGACCUGGUGUUUUUAGAGGGUUUCCUUUCCUAAAAUACCUCUUACUAUCAAACAACAACAUUUCACAUAUUGAAGCAAAUACAUUCAUCGGGGCACCCCAACUCAAAUCAAUCAAGCUACUCAACAAUAAUCUUCAGGUGUUCGAUCGGUACGCGCUAAACGGAACAGGAAACCGACUCCGAAACAUCUACUUGAGCAGGAACUCACUGAGAGUCAUCGAGAACGGAACCUUCCAACUCGUACCAAAGCUCGAGGUCAUCGACCUGUACCAGAACCGCCUUUCUCAACUCACUUCCGGUGUCUUCCAACAUUUAAAGAACCUCGAACAUCUGUUCCUUGGCAUGAACAAACUGGUUAAUCUUCCUGAGGAUAUCUUCAAAGACCUUUCAUCCUUGGUCUACCUAGAGCUGUCCAACAAUUAUCUGACGACUCUUUCCAGCGAUCUCUUUGCACAUAUGGAUUACCUAAUGAUCAUUGAUCUUUCUAGAAACCGAUUGGUUUCUAUUGGCAAUGUUCUUCAUCUUCCGAAUAUUCGUUUAGAUUUGAGAUGGAACGACCUACAUCAACUUGACAAUUUGUCUUUGGAGGUCUUGUCAGACAACGCCGAAAUUCUGUUUCUGAAAGGCAAUCCGUGGCAUUGCGGUUGUAGCAUGGAGCCAUUGCGUCAAUGGUAUCAACAACUAUCCAUAAGCAACGAGAAGGACGUCAAGAUUGAUAAUCCAGUAUGUUCAUACCCGAGCGAAUUGGCAAAUUACACGAUAAAUUUCAUCAAUGUGUCUUUGUGCGUGGAGAUAGCAGUAAGCAGUACAGAAACAUCGAAAGAAAGCGUCUAUAAUGCUGAAUUUGGUACGAAUGACAUUGGAACGGACCAAUACGUUACAACGAGCUAUGAAACUGGGAAAACAAAUACUAAAUCAUUGUCUAAAAUUAUUCCUGGGGUUGCAGUAGCACUGGUUAUACUAGUAUCUAUCAUCAUAGUAAUUUGUUAUGUAGUAUUUCGAAAAAACAAUUCGGGCAGUCCUCCCCAGAAUCCCCACCGAAGCACAGCAGACUCUAAUAACUCAAAGAGUGACGAGGUCCAAUUCAGUUUACAAGAUCCUAAUAGCCUUGUAUUCAUGGGCAACGGGUUAAGUGUACUCGAAUCAUCCGAGGACAAAACUGAACCAAUUGAAAUGACACCAUUAAGAAAUAGCAGUAACUCUGACAAUGAGUGUCCAAAUAAACCACAAAAAGACAGAACUAAACAAGAGAGCAGGGAAAGCACACGAAGAAAAUUGAGUUUUUAAUAGCGGUGUAAUCAGGGCCCUGGGAACGAUUUUUUCAGUGGAGAGCUGAAAUCUCUCCUCAAAGGUUGGGGACAAAAUUGAGUUUUCUAUUCUUAUAUACACAUACACACGAACCCAAGGGUACCCUCACACACACACACACACACACACACACA